CCAUCACUCAUCACAAAAACGAAACCCUAGUUUUCGUUCCUCUCUUUUCUCAAACCUAAUUUUCUUUCUCUCUCUGAAACCCUUUCAGAAACCCUAAUUUCUGAAACUCUAAUCUUCGUAGCUAUGGCUGGCAAGGGUGAGGGUCCUGCAAUCGGAAUAGAUCUGGGAACAACGUACUCGUGUGUUGGAGUAUGGCAACACGAUCGUGUUGAGAUCAUUGCUAAUGAUCAAGGGAACAGAACGACACCGUCUUAUGUUGCUUUCACUGAUAGUGAAAGGUUGAUCGGUGAUGCUGCUAAGAAUCAGGUUGCGAUGAAUCCAACCAACACCGUUUUUGAUGCCAAGAGGUUGAUUGGUAGGAGAAUUUCUGAUGCUUCUGUUCAGAGUGACAUGAAGUUGUGGCCUUUUAAGGUUAUUGCGGGUCCUGGUGAAAAGCCAAUGAUUGGUGUUAACUACAAGGGUGAGGAAAAACUGUUUGCGUCUGAGGAAAUCUCAUCCAUGGUUUUGAUUAAGAUGCGUGAGAUUGCCGAAGCUUAUCUUGGUGUCACCAUUAAGAAUGCCGUCGUCACUGUCCCUGCUUACUUCAAUGAUUCUCAGCGUCAAGCAACUAAAGAUGCUGGUGUUAUCGCUGGUUUAAAUGUUUUGAGAAUUAUUAAUGAGCCAACUGCUGCUGCUAUUGCCUACGGUCUUGACAAAAAGGCGACAAGUGUUGGUGAGAAGAACGUGUUGAUCUUUGAUUUGGGUGGUGGUACUUUUGAUGUGUCACUUCUUACUAUUGAAGAGGGUAUAUUUGAAGUUAAGGCUACUGCAGGUGAUACCCAUCUUGGUGGUGAAGAUUUUGAUAACAGAAUGGUUACCCAUUUUGUUCAAGAGUUUAAGAGGAAGAACAAGAAGGAUAUUAGCGGAAACCCUAGGGCACUUAGGAGAUUGAGAACCGCAUGUGAGAGAGCGAAGAGAACUCUCUCAUCAACCGCACAAACUACCAUUGAGAUUGAUUCUUUGUUUGAGGGUGUUGAUUUUUACACCACAAUCACCCGUGCCAGAUUUGAGGAACUUAACAUGGAUCUGUUCAGGAAGUGUAUGGAGCCUGUUGAGAAGUGUUUGAGAGAUGCUAAGAUGGACAAGAGCACAGUUCAUGAUGUUGUUCUUGUUGGUGGUUCAACUAGGAUUCCCAAAGUUCAGCAACUGUUGCAAGACUUCUUCAAUGGUAAGGAGCUAUGCAAAAGCAUCAACCCCGACGAGGCUGUUGCUUAUGGUGCCGCUGUUCAAGCUGCUAUCUUGAGUGGUGAAGGAAAUGAGAAGGUUCAAGAUUUGUUGCUUUUGGAUGUCACCCCAUUGUCUCAAGGUUUGGAGACUGCAGGAGGUGUCAUGACUGUAUUGAUUCCAAGGAACACUACCAUUCCAACCAAGAAGGAGCAAGUUUUCUCUACGUAUUCAGACAACCAACCUGGUGUUUUGAUCCAAGUUUAUGAAGGUGAGAGAACCAGAACCAAGGAUAACAACUUGUUGGGUAAGUUUGAGCUUUCCGGAAUUCCUCCAGCACCCCGCGGUGUUCCUCAGAUCACUGUUUGUUUUGAUAUUGAUGCCAAUGGUAUCUUGAAUGUCUCUGCUGAGGACAAAACAACCGGGCAGAAGAACAAGAUUACCAUCACCAACGAUAAGGGAAGGUUGUCAAAGGAAGAAAUCGAGAAGAUGGUCCAAGAAGCAGAGAAAUACAAGAGUGAAGAUGAGGAGCACAAGAAGAAGGUUGAGGCAAAGAACUCCUUGGAGAACUAUGCAUACAACAUGAGAAACACCAUUAAAGACGAGAAGAUCAGUUCAAAGCUUUCAGGAGGAGACAAGAAGCAGAUUGAGGAUGCAAUUGAGGGAGCCAUUCAAUGGCUUGAUGCAAACCAGCUUGCUGAAGCCGAUGAGUUUGAAGACAAGAUGAAGGAGCUUGAGACAAUCUGUAACCCAAUCAUUGCAAAGAUGUACCAAGGUGGAGCUGGUGAAGGUCCAGAAGUUGAUGAUGAUGCUGCUCCACCUCCAAGUGGCAGUGGCGGUGCUGGUCCCAAGAUUGAGGAGGUCGACUAAGUGUAAUAGUUAGGCAUGUUUGUAGACAAUUAUGCUUGCGUCUGUUUUUGGUUUGGUUAUGUCUUUUUUAGUAUUUUGCUUACUGAACAACAUUGUCUUGUUAUUUUAAUGUCAUUGGAACGGUGAUUGAAAACCACCGUGUUUUGCUCAUUAUUACUCUUUUUCGCUGAUGUAUACAAUUCAGUAUCAUAUUUUUGCA